AGUUCGUGAUCUCAAAGCGUCCAGGUACCGGACAAGGAACACUACAGUUCCCAGAAUGCAUCCGGCCAUCCCUGCCUCCUUUCCCACUCGACCAUUCACCUUCCUGUUUUAGCUGAGAAAAAAUAACCCUGAAGUUCCCAGCGAUCAGCUGAUCACUACUGACAACAAGGGGGAAAGAAGGCGAAAAGCAGGGAACUGGCCCAGAUAUCUACUGGGGGUGUCAGGUCUGCGUGGUGGGGCUUAGACAUGUCGAGAAUUAUACCCUAAUGCUGAGGGAGGGGAAGGAACAAUUCCCUCCCUCCUUUCUAGCUAACAGGAGGAGGAGACUAUGAUCUGAUUCCUUAGUCACGAAGUCUUGUAGGGAGGAGGAGGAGGAGGAGGAGGACUGCUGUUUUGUAAACAAUAGAUUGGACUAUUGGAGUCCCUUUUAUUGGCGAUCUGCUUUAUUUCUAGGCGUACUUUUAUCGUUUUGUCUAUUCCUUCUCCCGCCCCAGGAUGUUGCUGUUUAUGGGAAGCUUUAUUGUAAAAAAAUAGUGUGUAAUAUAAAACACCAUUUUCUUAUUCUGGAUCAAAGUAACAUAAAUUAGCUUUCAGUUCAGUAGCUGUGAUAUACAUUAUCUAUCCUGAUAUGGAUUAUAACAACAGUCAGAUAUUUGUUGUGGUUCAGGAUAACCUCUUGCCUUGAGAGCAGUUGAGCUACAAGUGUAAACAAGUGAAGAAGUGGAUUUAAAGAUUUUAAAUAAGUGAUCUUUUCUUAAGCAGGUCUUUCAGAUAAGAAAAUCCAGGUUGCAUUCUGGAAACAUCAGAUUGCUUUUCUUAUGCAGAUCCAACUUUUAGCCUAGAACUUAGCAGGGUCAUUAUUGGACCUAGUGUGCAAAGCUGGAGUGUUUUCAUUUGUUUUAAGGGGAAAAUCCACUUGGCAUAUCAUGAGAAAACUGUGGUUAAUAUAAAAUUGAGAUUAAUAUAUACCUAUUGGAAGAGAAAAACAACCUUUGUUGGGUGUCCAUGUUAAGGUAAAUACUAAUUUUAGUCCAUUGGAAAACCAGUGUGCAAAUCUUGCUAAAAAAAUAAAACAGGUUUCAUAAAGCCAGCAGUCAACUGCUGAAAAUGAGUGCCCAGCCUCCAACAGCAGACAAGGGAUUAAAUACUGCCCUUUUGUGCCAGGAAAGCUAUGCUUGCAGUGGAGCAGAUGAAGCAACCUUUGAGUGUGAUGAGUGUGGUAGUUUGCAGUGCCAGCGGUGUGAAGAAGAAUUGCACAGGCAAGAAAGACUACGAAAUCAUGAACGGACACGUAUUAAAGCUGGCCAUGUUCCAUAUUGUGACUCCUGCAAGGGUGCCAGUGGAAAUAUCAUGCAGAGCAAUGCUACAAGUUCCAGGCAGAGAGCAGUGAUACGGUGCCAGGCCUGCAAGACUAACCUGUGUGUAGAGUGUCAGAAGAGGACUCAUGCUGGUGGAAACAAGCGGAAGCACCCCAUUACUGUGUACCAUGGUAGCAAACCCCAAGAGGAGGAAGAGGGGAUGGAUGAAGAGGCCAAGAAAAAGAUGAUGACAGAAAAUGUUGUAAGCUUCCUCUUGGUGGAUGAAACAGAGGAGAUCCAGGUGGCUAAUGAAGAAGAAUUUAUCAGGAAACUGGACUGCAAACCUGACCAGCACCUCAAGGUUGUCUCUAUUUUUGGAAACACUGGGGAUGGCAAAUCUCAUACCCUUAACCACACUUUCUUCUAUGGUCGUGAGGUUUUUAAAACAUCUCCAGCCCAGGAGUCCUGUACAGUAGGUGUCUGGGCAGCCUAUGACCCUGUCCACAGAAUGGUGGCAAUUGACACAGAGGGUCUGCUUGGGGCCACAGUGAACCUGAGUCAGAGGACCCGGCUGCUUCUGAAGGUCUUGGCCAUUUCAGAUGUCAUCAUCUACCGAACACAUGCUGACAGGCUUCACAAUGAUCUCUUCAAAUUUCUCGGAGAUGCCUCUGAGGCAUACCUAAAGCAUUUCACCAAAGAGCUGAAGGCAACCACAGCCCGUUGUGGUCUGGAUGUUCCCUUAUCAACUCUGGGUCCUGGAGUCAUUAUCUUCCAUGAGACUGUAUACACACAGUUACUUGGUGCUGAUCAUCCUUCUGAGGUGCCUGAGAAACUCAUCCAGGAUCGGUUUCGGAAACUGGGUCUCUUCCCUGAAGCCUUCAGCUCAAUCCAUUACAAAGGAACAAGGACUUACAACCCACCAACAGACUUUUCUGGACUCAGGCAUGCUGUGGAGCAGCAGCUAGAAAAUAAUACCACCCGUUCUCCCCGCCCUCCUGGAGUUAUCUACAAAGCACUCAAGGCACUGAGUGAUCGGUUCAGUGGUGAGAUCCCAGAUGAUCAGAUGGCUCACAGCUCCUUCUUUCCAGACGAGUAUUUCACCUGUUCCUCUGUAUGUCUCAGCUGUGGGUGUGGAUGUAAGAACAGCAUGAACCAUGCAAAAGAAGGGGUUCCUCAUAUAGCCAAGAGUCGCUGUCGAUAUACCCAUCAAUAUGAUAACAGGGUGUAUACCUGCAAGGCCUGUUACGAACAUGGGAAUGAGGUUAGGGUGGUGCCAAAAACAUCUGCUUCCACUGAUUCCCCUUGGAUGGGCCUUGCCAAAUAUGCCUGGUCAGGGUAUGUGAUAGAGUGCCCCAACUGUGGAGUUGUGUACCGCAGUAGACAGUACUGGUUUGGGAACCAAGAUCCUGUGGACACCGUAGUGAGGACAGAAAUUGUGCACGUCUGGCCAGGAACAGAUGGAUUUCUGAAGGACAAUAACAAUGCUGCCCAGCGCCUCAUAGAUGGGAUGAACUUCAUGGCUCAGUCAGUGUCAGAGUUGAGCCUGGGACCCACAAAAGCUGUGACAUCUUGGCUUACAGAUCAAAUUGCUCCAGCCUACUGGAAACCCAAUUCCCAGAUUCUGAACUGCAAAAAAUGUGGCAUAUCAUUUAAAGAUAAUGACACUAAACAUCAUUGUCGGUCAUGUGGUGAAGGUUUCUGCGAUGGUUGCUCAUCCAAGACCCGCCCUGUUCCAGAGCGGGGCUGGGGACCCACACCUGUGCGAGUAUGUGACAACUGCCAUGACAGCAGAGGUGUUCAAUUAGGUAAUCCAGUUAUGACCAUAUUAGAUGUGCCCGAAGCUCCAACAGAUGAGGAAGGGGGGACAGUGAUUGCCAGGAAGGUUGGUGAGGCUGUGCAGAACACUCUUGGAGCUGUUGUGACUGCCAUUGACAUCCCAUUAGGGCUUGUGAAGGAUGCUGCCAGACCUGCUUACUGGGUGCCUGACCAUGAAAUCUUACACUGCCACAACUGCCGGAAGGAAUUCAACGUCAAGCUCUCCAAACACCACUGCCGUGCUUGUGGCCAGGGUUUCUGUGACGAGUGCUCCCAUGAGCGCAGAGCAGUCCCCUCCCGUGGCUGGGACCAUCCUGUCAGAGUCUGCUUUAAUUGCAAUAAAAAGCCUGGUGACCUUUAACCCCAGCUUCCUCUCUGGUCCUCCAUAACACCUUAGCUUCUCAGGGUUAGAAAAACAAAACAAUGACCAACAAAGAACAGUUUUUUAACCUUUUACAGUCAGAGUGCAUGUUGAUGAACUCUGGCCUCUUUUCAUGUGCUGUUUUCAAUAAGAUUGCUGAAUAGCUCAGUUGAACAGGUCCAACACGGCUUGUUUUCAAAUUGAUUUGAAAGUUGAAGGUGGGUGAGUGUGGAGAAGCUUGCAGUAAAAUGAGGAAUCCCAAAUCCAGUGUAUUAUAUACCAGUUAAAAGUAUGUAUCUCUAUAUCUAUUAUAUAAUUUAGUAUGCUGAGAAUGCAGCUGGCUGAUGAAGCAUUGAUUAUUUACAGUUAAAUGAAGAAAGGUGAAUGGAACUAUUUUAUGAAGUGUAAUGGGUCAAACACCUAGCCUCUUGAGUGCCUUUGAAAUUCUUUGUGUGAAGCAUUGUGUUUCUCACAGUUCAUAUUGUGAAAAGUGAGGUGGUCCCUGCUUUUGAAUAGGAGUCCCAGGCCUUGUCCCCUUGCAGUUUCAUCACUCAUAUUUGUUUUACUCCAGCCUGCUUUUGGAUGGUUCCAUCUAGCUGGAAUUGCCAUUUUUUUCCAGUUUUAACAGACAGUCCAGACAAGAUCAUGGGCAACCUGUUGCAUUCUUGUACCUUCAGUCUUAUUUUUCUGUCUUUUUAAGACCUUGGGUUUGGCAAUUUUUUAAACUUAAAAUGCUGUUCAAAAGGGACAAAGAAAGUAUUACUGCAGUUUCUUAGUGCUACUGUCCCUUCUCCUUCCAGCUUAAUUGGCUACUUCCAAUUUCUCUCGGCAUUCAUAAGUCUAUUAUAACAUAUCAGUUCAUCUUUCAGAGAGGAGGAUGUGACAGAUACUUUUCAAUUUGUAGUCAAAAGUCAUUACUAAUUUUUUAGUAUUUUUAUUGUUUUAAUAGUCCAAUUUAUGCCGAAGGUAAAGCAAAUAUUAUAAGCAAUGACGAUUGGCUACAAAGAGAAAAGUAGUAUUUAACCCCUCUCCUUCCCAAGUAGGGACUACUUGAUGAGUAACUAUUUUAAAAAAACUGGCUAGCUCCAAAGAGAAGGAAGAAAUUAAUUAGGCUGAAAAUAAAGGAGAAUUGUAGGGAGAAGUGGAACUUUUGCUGAAGGGGGCUAUGUAGUAGGAAAUUACCUGUAGAAUGGUUUGUUUUUUAAAUAGGGAACCCAUCACUAAAUAUUAAGUGCCAUAUGGAACCACUGUUUCAAAUUUGUGUGCAGCUGAAUGCAGCAGAUGUGUUCAACUGUGCAAGUCCUAGUGUAGAACAAUAUUUUUCUGUUUCUAGGGCUUUACCAUUCAAAGCAGCCAGAGUAACAAAGAGGACUGCUCCCUCACUUUCUUUCUUUGAAGUUAUACAGGUCUUGUUUAAAGUCUGUGCAGCUGCAGAACAGAUUAUAGUUUUUAAGGUCUUGGAAGGGCACUGCACUAAAUUUAGUGGGAAUUGAAUCAAAAUCAACUGAUGAGUCACAAAACCUAAAGCUGGUGUACCAGCAGCUUAGUUCAGUUGCACUUUGGGGUGGUAAGGCCUGAUAUUUCAUGCUCACAUUUCUAUAUAUUUGAUAGACUCUACUUUCUUUAUUGACUCUCCAGGCUUAAUGGCAAAGGUAAGUAUUGGAUGAGCUUCCAUACCCUGCAGUUUAGUGUUUGCUUAGCAAUCUUGGACACUAGUUUUCUUUAAACAGUCUUACGUAUAUAUUCUUAAAGGGAUCUGUGUGAAUCAAACCAAUCUGAAAACAGCAAUCUCUGAAUGAGUUUAAGAGUGGGUGAUACUGGGACAACAUUAUUUUCAACAAGCCCUGCAUUGAACCACUGAGGGAAUGAUCAAACUACUGAGUGAAACUGUAGUGUUCAACUUUUCUGUGGAUCUUGGCUACUGCAAUAACAAACAAGAUACCAUCAGACUGAAGAACAAAGCCUUUCCUCCUGUUAGCUCCUAUGAGUAUGGCACAUUCCCCUGGUGGAGAUCUGUCUUCACUCAUCAUUACUGGAGUUUGGCAUGAUAUCCUGGCACUCUUUCUCCCACUUAUAGAAUAUAUCAUUGUAUACCUUGAUUAAUUAAACCCUAUUUUAGGACUGUAUUAUUAAAUUAAGUGAUAUAAAGGACUGUCCCUUCUGAACAAGUGUGCUGACUUCAAUGUAACUAAUCUUUUUUCUGCCUAUGGAAAGAAGUGGCAGUUUUCGGCUUGCAUGCCAAAACAGAACUGGAUUAUGUAGUAGUAAAUUCCUGCUAUCUAAUCUCCACAGUGAGGAAUAUGUAUUUUGUAACUAGAAACUGACAAUUUUUUUUCAAGGAAUAGAUAUGGAAUUAAAAGUCUUGUAGAGAUUUUUUUUCAAUUUAGGUACUGCACUUUUAAGUGUUUAUUUUUGACUAUAUUGUGGAAAUACAAUUGGAAUCUGUAGUCCAUGCUGUGUGUUCUCCAUGCAUGUAGCUAUUCUACCAUGUUAUUGCACAUACAGAAACCAUCCCUGACAUUCCUUGUAUAAAAUCUUCACUUGUAA